AACCUCUAGCCAUUUUGUUCCCCUUUCACUUCUCUUCACAAACAUAACAUAAACAAAUUAAAAAAGAAAUAAUCUCAACAGAGGUUAUAAUUUAAGAACAGUGUAUAAGGAGUGUACUGUUCUUCGGAUAAUCCACCAGAUGGGCGAAGAAACUAAACCCGUAGAAGGAAAGGCAGAGGAGGCACCUGCCCCUGAACCCGCUCCAGCUCCAGCUCCAGCUCCGGCGGAGGACGAGAAACAGCCGGCGGAAGAGGAUAAACCGGCGGCGGAGGAGCCACCGCCACCUCCAUCUCCGCCGCCGCCGUUUAUGCUCUACGUGGACUUGCAUUGCGUCGGAUGCGCCAAAAAGAUCGAGCGGUCCAUUCUAAAGAUUAGAGGUGUGGAGGGGGUGGUUAUGGACAUGAAUGCGAACCAGGUGACUAUAAAAGGAGUGGUGGAUCCAGAAGCAGUGUGCAACAAGAUCAUGAAGAAGACGAAGCGACCGGCAAAGGUUCUUUCGCCCGCUCCGGCGGCGGAGGGGGAGCCUCUGCCGCCGAUGAUAACCUCUCAGGUUUCCGGCGUCACCACCGUCGAGCUUAACGUCAACAUGCACUGCGAGGCCUGCGCCGAUCAGCUCAAGAAGAAGAUCCUCAAAAUGAGAGGGGUACAGUCAGCAGUGACGGAGCAUACGACCGGAAAAGUGACGGUGACGGGAACGAUGGACGCCGAGAAGUUGGCGGAUUAUGUUUAUCGGCGGACGAAGAAGCAGGCGAGAAUCGUCCCUCAGCCGGAGCCGGAGCCGAAGCCCGAGUCUCCGGCAGAAAAACCGGCGGAGGAAGAGAGUAAAGGCGAUGAAAAACCGGUGGAAGGAGGAGAGGAGAAGAAGGAAGACGGCGAAGGAAAGGAAGAGGAGGCCAAUAAGGAAGGCGGCGGAGACGCAGGCGCAGCGGCGGCGGAGGUGGAAGGCGGAGGGAUUCCGGCGGCGGCGGAGGAAGAAGGGAUGAAGAGGAUGGUGUAUUAUUACCAGCCUAUGUACGUCAUUGAACGGAUUCCGCCGCCUCAGCUUUUCAGCGACGAGAAUCCUAAUGCUUGUUGCAUUUCCUAGUUCUUGGUUUCAGGUUUCAUAUGGUUAAUGUCGAAUAAUAAAUAAUAAUAAUAAUAUGUGUAACUGGUUCGUUUUUUAUGAUACAGUUUAUGCACAUCGAGUUAUGUAAUUGUAACCGCAACUAUACAAAAUCUGUUUUUAUUAAUAUAAGAAUACAUAUGUUGUCA